GGGUACUAAACUUGAUUUCUCUUUCUCUCUCUAGGAGUAAAUGGGACAACAUCAAUCCACACCAAGGAAAAUGUACUGGCCCGUACAGUCCAUGUACCGACCCCAACAGACCACGUAUCAGCCACUGUGGAACACAAACCAACACCUGCAGAAUGGGCAACAGCCCAUAAAGAAUGUCUGAGUAUGGAGAGCUUCAUCUUCUACAAGAUAAUUGGAGAGGGAGGCUAUGGAAAGGUGUUGCUGGCAACCCACCGUGACACCGGAACAUUGGUGGCUGUGAAGAUGGUGAAAAAGAGCGAUCUACUUAAUGACCCGAUCUUCAUCCGCACUGAGAGUGAAGUCCUGCAAGUGGUUGAGAGCAACCAUUUCUGUACCCGCACCUAUGCCACGUUUCAAAUAGAGGACUACGUAUGCUAUGUAAUGGAAUAUCUGAGUGGCGGCACCCUAGAACAAUCUAGAACAAAAGAGAAAAAAAAACUCUCCACCAUCAGAGUCUUGUCAGCGGAACUCAUUUGCGGUGUGCAGUCCCUGCACUCCAUGGGUGUAGUUCAUAGAGACCUGAAGCCUGACCAAAUUCUUAUUGACGGCGCCGGACAUGUGAAAAUUGCUGACUUUGGUUUGUCAGCAACCAAUAUGUUUGGAUCAAAAACGGACACGGAAAAAGUUGGAACACCCCCCUACGAGGCCCCAGAGAUGACUUGGCAGAGGCCCUAUGACGCAACGGUGGAUUACUUUUCCUUGGGGGUCAUACUCUACGAGUUCGCCUUUUGUAAAUAUCCGUACACGAAUGAUAUGGGGAGGUUUUCAUUAGAGACACAUUAUCCAGACGAUGCUGACCCCGAAUUGGUGGACUUUCUAAACAAGCUCUUGUGCAAAGAUCAGAACGAGCGAAAAGCGGGCGUUUCCAACAUAAGACAGCACCGGUUCUUCAAUGGCAUAAAUUGGGAAGAAGUGGAAGCAGGGGAAGGACGACCCCCAUUUCAUGUACCUCGAAGCGUUUCUCAUGCCCUAAAAAAAGAAAAAGAACUGAAAUACCUCCCAAGACCAGGCUUGUCUAUUUUACCCAAGGAGCAGAGGCAGUUCAACGGAAUUUCAUUUGUUUGCGACGAGUGGAAGACCAUACUGAAGAAAAAUUGUAAAAUGGUAGGCGGGUCAACUAAGAAGAAGAGGAAGGUGGUAGGCGGGUCAACUAAGAAGAAGAGGAAGGAGGUAGGCGAGUCAGGUAAGAAGAGGAAGGAGGUAGGCGACUCAGGUAAGAAGAAGAGGAAGGAGGUAGGCAAGUCAGGUAAGACGAAGAGGAAGGAGGUAGGCGAGUCAGGUAAGACGAAGCGGAAGGAGGUAGGCGAGUCAGGUAAGAGGAAGAGGAAGGAGGUAGGCGAGUCAGGUAAGAGGAAGAGGAAGGAGGUAGGCGAGUCAGGUAAGACGAAGAGGAAGGAGGUAGGCGAGUCAGGUAAGACGAAGAGGAAGGAGGUAGGCGAGUCAUGCAAGACGAAGAGGAAGGAGGUAGGCGAGUCAUGCAAGAGGAGGAAGGUGUGUCAAGUAAGAGGAGGAAAGAGGAAGGUGUGUCAGGUAUAA